ACUGCUUCUAGGUGUUACUGGGGGUGUUCGUGUCGACGUGCCUGCACGUGUGAGGCGGAGUUGUCAGGAUGGGGGCGGACAGGUGAGCUUUUGUGACAGAGCAUCGCAAUCACGGGACAGACUGACAGGGUCAUCGAUGGCUUGACGUUGCUACAUGAUUAGGACGUGUCCUACAAAAACUGCUUAUACAGCAGCUCAGCUGGGGCAGCCACAUUUAUUGAUCUACAACUCGUCUGUUAAAGCUAGCUGCUAUUUAUAAGACUUGACACAGAAAAAGAGACAGCUCCUUUGCAACAUGGAUUUGGACAUGUUUAGCAUGAUUGCUGUUGCCAGUGGGAUGUUAGCUGUUCCAAUCUUGGCAUUCAUUGCCUGCUUCUUUCUAUGGCCGUCUGCUCUCAUCAAUUUCUAUAACUGGUACUGGCGAAGAGCUCUUGGUAUGCAGGUAAAGCAUGCAGAACAUGGAAAGUACCGCUUCUCUUAUUCUUUUCGGGGUAAGCAAGGGAACCAGCCAUCAAUCCUAAUGCUACAUGGCUUCUCAGCUCACAAAGACAUGUGGUUGUCUGUUGUCAAGUUUCUUCCCAAGCACUUGCACUUGGUCUGUGUUGACAUGCCUGGCCAUGGGGGCACUUCUCGCUCUGCUGGUGAAGAUUACACUGCAGAAGGCCAGGUGAAGAGAAUACAUCAGUUUGUUGAGUGCAUCCGGCUGAACAGGAAACCCUUCCACCUUGUCGGCACCUCAAUGGGUGGAAAUGUAGCUGGAGUGUAUGCUGCACUGUACCCCUCGGACCUUUGCAGCGUGACACUCAUUUGUCCUGCAGGUCUGAACUGUCCAAAUGAUAGUCAACUUAUCAAACUGCUGCAAGGUUCGGAAACUUCUCAGAGCACUAGAAAAAUCCCACUUAUUCCCAGUACUCCUGAAGAGAUGGAUGAAAUGAUGAAGUUAUGUUCUUAUAUUCGUUUUAAAAUACCUCAACAGAUCCUACAAGGUCUGGUGGACGUUCGAAUACCACACAAUGAUUUCUAUCGUGAAGUAUUUUUACAGAUUGCGGGUGAAAAAUCACGCCAUUCACUCCAAGAAAAUGUGCACAAAAUCAGUGUGCCAGUGCAGGUGAUUUGGGGAAAACACGACCAGGUUAUUGAUGUAUCAGGUGCUACAGUCGUGUCCAGUGCACUUCCUGGCUGCCGUGUGGACUUGUUGGAGAAAUGUGGCCAUUCUGUUGUGAUGGAGCGCCCCAGGAAGACAGCUAAGCUCAUUCUGGAGUUUUUAACAUCCCAGCGGUGCAAUGAAGGUUGCAAUGACAAGAAGACAUCCUGAAAGUGCGAGACACAUACUUACUGAUUGGGACUUCUGUUAAAAAAAAUCUGAAAAUGUAGAUGUCUCUCAGGGGCACCGUUUUCAUGCCAGGUGAUCUAGUGCCAAAGUUAGUCAGGUGAUUCAACUUUUUAAAAUGAAAUAUAUAUAUAUAUAUAUAUAUAUAUAUAUAUAUACACAGUACUGUGCAAAAGUUUUAGGCAGGUGUGAAAAAAUGCUGUAACCAAAGAAUGCCUUUAAAAAUGGAAGUGUUAAUCAUUUAUUUUCAUCAAUCAACAAAAUGCAGUGAAUGAACGAAUGAACAAAAGAGAAAUCUAAAUCAAAUCAAUAUUUGGUGUGACCACCCUUUGCCUUCAAAACAGCAUCAGUUCUUCUAGGUACACUUGCACACAGUUUUUGAAGGAACUCGGCUGGUAGGUUGUUCCAAACAUCUUGGAGCACUAACCCCAGAUCUUCUGUGGAUGUCGGCUUCCUCACAUAACCUUCUGUCUCUUCAUGUAAUCCCAGACACACUCGAUGAUGUUGAGAUCAGGGCUCUGUGGGGGCCAUACCAUCACUUCAUAUCAGGACUUCUUGUUCUACUUUACGCUGAAGAUAGUUCUUAAUGACUUUGGCUGUACGUUUGGGGUCGUUGUCCUGCUGCAGAAUAAAUUUGGGGCCAAUCAUACGCCUCCCUGAUGGUAUUGCAUGAUGGAUAAGUAUCUGCCUGUAUUUCUCAGAAUUGAGAACACCAUUAAUCCUGACCAAAUCUCCAACUCCAUUUGCAGAAAUGCAGCCCCACACGUUCAAGGAACCUCCACCAUGCUUCACUGUUGCCUGCAGACACUCAUUAUUGUACCGCUCUCCAGCCCUUCGACGAACAAACUGCCUUCUGCUACAGCCAAAUAUUUCAAAUUUUGACUCAUCAGUCCAGAGCACCUGCUGCCUUUUUUCUGCACCCCAGUUCCUAUGUUUUUGUGCACACUUGAGUCGCUUGACCUUGUUUCCGCGUCGGAGGUAUGGCUUUUUGGCUGCAACUCUUCCAUGAAGACCACUUCUGGCCAGACUUCUCCGAACAGUAGAUGGGUAUACCUGGGUCCCACUGGUUUCUGCCAGUUCUGAGCUGAUGGCACUGCUGGACAUCUUCCGAUGUCGAAGGGUAAUAAGCUUGAUGUGUCUGUCAUCUGCUGCACUAAGUUUCCUUGGCCGACCACUGCGUCUACGAUCCUCAACGUUGCCCAUUUCUUUGUGCUUCUUCAACAGAGCUUGAACAGCACAUCUUGAAACCCCAGUCUGCUUUGAAAUCUUUGUCUGGGAGAGACCUUGCUGAUGUAGUAGAACUACCUUGUGUCUUGUUGCUGUGCUCAAUCUCGCCAUGACAUGAAACUGUCUUCCACAACCUCACCUUGGUAGCAGAGUUUGGCUGUUCCUCACCCAGUUUGAAGCCUCCUACACAGCUGUUGCUGUUUCAGUUCAUGACUGAGUUUCAACCUACGUGUGACAUUGAUCAAGGCUGGGGGGCUGUCAAGAGGCAGGGCCUGUUAAAGCCCAUUGCGGCACUUCCUGUGUGAUUUUGGGCUAUACAAAAAUAAACUGUAUUGUAUUGUAUUGUAUGAUCAUUAGCACCUGUUUGCUAGAAUUGGUGGAUCAGACACCUGACUAGAAUCCUACAAAAUCCCUGACUUUGUGCAAGUGGACCUAUAAGAAUUGAUGCUGGUUUGAAGGCAGAAGGUAGGAACACCAAAUAUUGAUUUGAUUUAGAUUUGUCUUUGUUCGCUCACUUUGCAUUUUGUAAAUUGAUAACAAUAAACAAUCAUUAUUUAUAUUUCUGAAAGCAUUCUUUGUUUACAGCAUUUUUUCACACCUGUCUAAAACUUUUGCACAGUACUGUAUAUAUACAGGAUGGUCCAGGUCUAAUAAUGCAACUGUUCGACUGACAACCAUCUCCCCACCAUUUUGGAAUGCAGGGCAGGUGCUGCCAUCUAUCGGCAACAAAAAGAAUUUUAAGUGGAGUCUCUAUAUGCAGGGCAGGUGCUGUGAAUUCUCUGUGUAAUAAACUUAGUUAUAGCGUAAUGAAAAUUGCAUAAUUAGAUCUGGACCACCCUAUGUAUACAGUGUAUAUAUUAUAUAUAUAUAUAUAUAUAUAGUCACAAUAACGACCAUAAUAUGUUGAGAAGGUUUGGGGCAGCCACCUGUAUAAUUGUUCCUGGCUGCAAAACUGAUUCAUUAAGCAAGACAUGUUCAUACAACUGAGUCCAAAACAGAACUGAUUCUCUUGAGACAAGAUGGCGGCUUUAAAGGCCAGUGAAGGAAGUGAUGUCAUCAAUACCGGAACCGGAAGUGAUGUCAUUGGCUGCCCCAGAGCUGGACGGGAUUUCCCUAGAAUGGUCUGCAAAAUAUCGAGAGGGAAAAUUAGUGCAGUUCGCCACCCCCUGGUCUGGCAUGGAAUCACAUGUAUUCAAGCCCUUUAGUUGUCUCCUAAACACACGUGUGUGACAAAUAUAUAUAUAUAUAUAUAUAUAUAUAUAUAUAUAUAUAUAUAUAUAUAUAUAUAUAUAUAUAUAUAUAAAUUUUUUUUUUUCUUUAGCUGUUGAAAAUUCAUGAUCAUGAGCAUACAGUCAUUGUAAAUCUAGAUGAUAUGUUCUUUAUAAUAUUUGAUUUGUAUCUUUUAUGAGGCUUGCCCAGAAGAUUUUGCAACUCAUUUUUCUAUUGGUUCUAACGUGUUUUGGAUUUCUUUGAAGAUACUCCUGGGGCAGGUGGUGGGUCGAAUUGUCAGUAAGACCUCAUGAAGUGGGCCGUAUAUAAAAGAUGUGACUGUGAAACCAGGUAAUCUACUACAUGUGCUAAUUAUAAAGAUUACCGUUAAAAAUACUUUAAUUAUGAAAUGUUUUAUUGCAAGCUGUUAAGAGCAAUGCACACACACCAGUUUGAAGUGAUUCUGCUAAUUCUUGUCAUGAGCAGGAACAGCCUGUUUCUGCAUAAGCUGUUACUGUAACGGAGGUGCCGGUCGUUGUAACAACUAAUUCAUUGCAAAGAUUUGCAUCUAUUAAUACAAUACGUUUGCUUUUAUUAAUUUUCA